UUUAAAUCGAAUCGGGAUCAGACUAAAUCGGGUUAAACCGAAACAGAUUUGAAAAGGCUCUGUUUAUCUAAUUUUAACCAUAACCAUCUCUUCUCUUACAGAGAGACACACAUGCAACAUCACUCGAUCGACAACAUUUCGUCACCAUAAUUUAUCUCAAAUGGCUUCCAUGAAACUCGUUGUUCAUCUUCUCCGUCGCUAUAUCUCCAUCGCUAUAACUCUCUUCCAGAGACUCGUUUUGUGUUUAUUCGAUAAUUUAGAUUACCCGAUCCUAAUCAAGCUCGCCGACGCGUUGUUAUCAUUAUACUUCAUAAUUCUCUGCGAUCUGCGCCCAAUCACCGUCGAUUUAGACGAUGGAGAAACCACCGUACAUUUCUGGGUCUCCGGCCACCGCAAAAUCAGCCGGCCAGAUCUCGUCAUGCUACACGGCUACGGAGGAAAUUCGAAAUGGCAGUUUAUCCAUCAGGUUUCGGGUCUAUCGAAAUCGUUCAAUCUCUUCAUCCCGGACCUCGUUUUCUUCGGGAGAUCGUACUCGAGAAACACCGACCGGAGCGUCGAGUUUCAGGCGAGGAGCAUCGUCGGGGGUCUGAAGAGGCUGGGCUGCGACGGAGGAGGCUUGGCGGUUUACUCGAUCAGUUACGGAGGAUUCGUGGCGUACCGGAUCGCGAAGAUCUGGCCGGAGAUGAUCGAUAGAUUGGUGAUCGUGAGCAGUGGAGUCGGGUUCACGCAACAGCAGAAGAUGACGGAGAUGAAAAAACACGGCGGAGAGGUAUCGGAUAUUCUUGUGCCGAGGAAUCCGAGAGAUCUCCGGCUGUUGGUUAGGGUUUCCAUGAAUACCGGUAUCGCGUUCCUUGACUGGAUUCCAGAUUUCAUCCUCUCCCAAUUCAUCGCUGCGAUGUAUGAUACAAAUCGGCAAGAACUUGUUGAGCUAGCCAAGAAUUUGCUGGAAAGAGAAGAAGAACCAGAGUUCUUUGCAAUAUCACAGAAAACGUUAAUCGUUUGGGGUGAUAAGGAUGAGGUCUUUCCCUUGGAGCAUGGAUAUCGUUUGCAAAGGCAUUUGCCAAACUCGAGUUUAGAGAUACUGAAGGAAAUAGGGCACGGUGUGAACAUUGAAGCACCAGCUACUCUUAACAAUUUGAUUAUCUCGUUUGUUUUAGGUGUUUCCUGACUUCUACUUCUGUGUGACUUUUUAACCAUAGUAGUAACUUAAUACACAAGUUGUCAAAGAAUAUUCUUUAUGCAAUAAUAGUAAAUUAGCUAUCUUAAUCUAAUGUAUUUCAUCUGGCGCGAAAUUAACGGUCAAAUCAUAACCGCAGAGAGAUUAUGAGAAACAUUAACAUGUCUCGGCGUCUCAUGUAUAAUUUUCCCAACAAACUGACUGAUUGGAAUGCAUUGGGU